AUUUGGAGUAGCUAGCAAGGAGCCAAGCAUCCAUCCAACAGUAUAUGCUACAAAAGCCAACACCACCAUUGUCAAGCGAAAGCAAAGCAGCCAGCCAGCCAGUCAGCUCCAAGAGAGGACCCAAUCAAACCCCAAAAAAAACAAACCAUGGCCACCCACCCUCUCCUCCUCUUCCUUCUCCCCGCCAUAGCCGCCGCCGCCGCAGGAGCAUCACCCUCCUCCUCGGCCUCGACGGACGACACCCCGACGGCGUACGAGAUGCUGGAGCGGUACGACUUCCCGAGGGGGAUCCUGCCGUUAGGCGUGGAAGGUUACGACCUCCGUGCCGACGGGGGAUUCGAGGUCUACUUCCCGCGGGAGUGCGAGUUCCUGCUGUCGCGGCAGUGGCUGGUCAAGUACGACACCCGGAUCGCCGGGGCCGCCUCCGCGGGGAAGCUCUCUGCCCUGGAGGGGAUCUACGUCAAGGUGCUCUUCCUCUGGGUCCCCGUCGCCGAGGUCGACCGCGACGGCGACCGCCUCAGCUUCUACAUCGGCCCCGUCUCCACCUCUUUCCCUCUCGGGGACUUCGCCGACAGCCCCCACUGCCGCGGCUACGACCUGACACGGGGACGAGGACGACAUGGCGCCCGGCUCGUGGAUGGCGGUGAUGUGUACGCUUUGUAGAUUGGCUGUUUUGGUUUAGAUCCGAUUACUGCUGCUGUUGUGGCGGAAGAUACUACGGAGUACGUACGUACGGUACGACCCAGUAGAUGUCGUUUUGGGGGGGAUACUGGAUACGGCUUUGAGGGGUUUUGAUUUUUGAACGAGACGCUCGAACUAUGAAUCAUUGUCUCGAAUCGAUUGGCCUUCGAGCUUCAGACUGUUGUUGUUUAUUUAUUAAUAAUAUAUGCUGCGUAUGAUUGCGAUGAA